GUGAGGUUACGUAAAAUCCAUUACGUCACUGGCAAGUGUCAAAAAGUGUGCAGUGCUCCAACAAACAUUAAAUGGGCCCUGACUAAAUUCAAAAACAAAAAAAAUUCAGUGCGUCUCCGGAAAACCGAUGAAAAUGUUAUCAAUCUGUAAACACCAGUUAUCCGCCGGUUUUCAAAGGACCGGUGUAAGAUGUCUGGGCUCCGUUUUGCCCGAGGUCAAGAUCAGCGACUUCGGCGUGAAGAACGAGCCGGUCCUCUCGUACUUGAAGGGCUCGAAGGAGCGCAAGGAGCUCGAGGCCGCCCUCGCCCAACUGUCGAACUGCACGGAGGAAGUUCCUAUCGUCAUUGGUAGCGAGAACAUCACCACCAAAGAUGUCAGAUAUCAGGUUAUGCCUCACAAUCAUUCUAAAAAACUCGCCAAAUUUUAUUAUGCCGACACGAAACUAGUUAACAAAGCAAUUGAAACAGCCUGCGAAGCUCAAAAGAAAUGGGACAAGGUACCCAUACCCGAAAGAUUGAACAUCUGGGAAAAAGCAGCUUCCCUCAUGGCCGGACCAUGGAGGGCGAAGCUGAACGCCGCCACAAUGCUGGGCCAAGCCAAGACGACCAUCCAAGCUGAAAUCGACUCCGCCGCAGAACUCAUCGACUUUUUCAGAUUGAACGCAUUCUUCCUCAAAGAGGCCACCAAGUACCAACCCAUCUCGGAGAACCCGCAGGUGACGAAGAACUCGAUGCGCUACCGCGGCAUCGACGGCUUCAUCGCCGCCGUGUCGCCAUUCAACUUCACCGCCAUCGGCGGCAACCUCGCCUACACACCGGCCCUCAUGGGUAACGCCAUACUGUGGAAGCCAAGUGACACUGCCCUCCUCUCCAACUGGUACAUAUUCCAAAUCUGCAGGGAGGCCGGCGUGCCGCCGGGCGUCGUCAACUUCAUUCCAGCCGACGGUCCGGUCUUCGGCGACGCCAUUACCGCCUCCCCGCACCUAGCGGGCAUCAACUUCACCGGCAGCGUGCCGACGUUCCAGCGUCUGUGGAAGCAGGUGGGCCAGAACAUCGACCGCUACGUUAACUUCCCGCGUUUGAUCGGCGAGUGCGGGGGCAAGAACUAUCAUUUCGUCCAUCCAACAGCUGACGUCACCAGUGUGGUGAACGGUAGCAUCAGGAGCGCCUUCGAGUUCUGCGGCCAGAAGUGCAGCGCCUUGUCCAGGAUGUACGUGCCGGAGUCGCUGUGGCCACAGAUCAAAGAAGGAUUGAUCAAGGGAACUGACCAAUUGAAAAUUGGAGACCCGACCGAGUACGACAGCUUCACGUCGGCCGUCAUCGACGACAAGGCGUUCAAGAGGAUCACCGGCUACAUCGAGCACGCCAAGAGCUCCAAGAACCUCCAGAUCUUGCGAGGUGGCAAAUACGACGACAGCGUUGGCUACUACAUCGAGCCUACGAUCGUCCAGACCACAGACCCCAAGGACAAGAUCAUGGUGGAGGAGAUCUUCGGCCCCGUUUUGACCGUCUACGUCUACAAGGACAAGGACCUGGACGCCACCGUCAAGUUGAUCGGUGACUCCACGGUCUUCGCCCUCACCGGUGCCAUAUUUGCUCAAGACGAGGCCUGGCUGAAGAAGGCGGUUGAGGACUUGAAGAUGACCGCCGGCAACUUCUACGUGAACGACAAGUCGACCGGCAGCGUUGUCGGCCAACAGCCCUUCGGUGGUGCCAGAAUGUCAGGUACAAACGAUAAAGCUGGCGGUCCUCACUACGUGCUCAGAUGGGGCAAUCCUCAGGCCGUCAAAGAGACCUUCGUACCAUUAACCGAUGUUACCUAUCCAUACAUGCAACAAUUAUAAUAAGUUUUAUACAACUAAGUGUCCAUAAUUUUAAGUUCGAUCACCAAUUAUUAGUAAAUGUGAUAAUUUUGAUUUGAAAAAUCAGUUUGGGUACGACCCAGAGUCAAUCUUACAGUAAGUAUUAGGUUUAAUUGGAUUUUAUUUGAACAGAUCGUCGUCAUCUACCUUUUUAUGGGCGAAUGAUUUUCAGUUAAUCAACCAAUUUUUUCAAUAAAUAUUUUAUUCGAAUAGAAUGUAAAAAACCAUUGACAAUAUAAUAAUUACAAUUGUUGAGAAUAUGUGAAACAAACUAUAUAUUUAGAAUUUGUAAAUUUUGAACAUUUUUGUUAGGUUUAUUGGUUUUUAAAAAGUAAUUUACAUAUCUAUAAAUGUAUGUAAAGUAAAAUUCGAGAAAUUAUGUAAUGGGAUUUUAUUUAUUUACAUUCAUUUUGGUCAUUUUCUAAGUAUUAAAUACAAGUGUAAAUUGCCGUAGCAAUAAAAUGCUUUGUUGUUUAUACAA